UCUCCUCAAUCUCCUGCAACCCCUCUUAUCUUAGAGCCCACACCUCUCAUUCAUUCCCUCCAUACACACCUCUCUGAAGAACAAAGAAAGAGCACACACAACACACAGUGAACCAAGUUUUCUUGAUUGAGAGUUGAGCCACGGCCAUGGCAUUUGCAGGAACAACACAGAAAUGCAUGGCUUGCGACAAGACUGUGUAUCUGGUGGACAAGUUGACAGCUGACAACAGAGUUUACCACAAGGCCUGUUUUAGAUGCCACCAUUGCAAGGGCACUCUCAAGCUUGCCAACUACAACUCUUUCGAGGGAGUCCUAUACUGCAGGCCACACUUUGAUCAGCUCUUCAAAAGGACUGGAAGCCUGGACAAGAGCUUUGAAGGAACACCUAAGAUUGCAAAACCAGAGAAACCUGCUGACAUUGAGAAACCACUCGCAAAUAAAGUUUCAAGUAUGUUUGCUGGAACAAGAGAGAAAUGCCUGGCCUGUAAGAACACGGUCUACCCAACUGAGAAGGUCUCUGUGAAUGGAACGCCGUACCAUAAGAGUUGUUUCAAGUGCAGCCAUGGAGGAUGUGUAAUUAGCCCGUCCAACUACAUCGCGCAUGAGGGGCGCCUCUACUGCAAACACCACCAUAUUCAACUUAUCAAGGAGAAGGGCAACUUAAGCCAACUUGAGGGCGACCAUGACAAGGAUUCAGUUAGAACUGGUGCUGUACCUGCAGCAUCAUAAUACCUUAACCUACGCAAAUAUCCUGCGUUGUUUUCUUGUUUGCUUUUCACCUUAAUAUCCGUUUGGACCUCAUCGGAGACGACCUACUUCCCUGCAAUCAAGAAUUAGUUUAAGCUUGAAAAGAAACAGUUGGUGUUUUCUGUGUUCCAUAUAUGUGUGUUCCAUCUUUUGGUUGGUUUUCUUGGCUUCUGCCACAAGAUUGUGGAUGUUCAAAAUGAGAUAUAAAGAGGCUGGUUUGUGCAAGUCCACUUUGCACUUUUUUCA